AUGGAUUGGAUAAGGAUAAGUGUCUUAUGUCUCUGUAUUUAUUCAACAUUUGGAGCACCACAAGCAGAGAAAGAUGCCAAAAUAAUUAGCCAAACUAAUGAAAUUACACCCGAAGGAGGAUACAAUUGGAGUUACGAUACCGACAACGGCAUCAAGGCCCAAGAAACGGGCACCUUGAAGAAGACUAGCGAUCCCGAAAAUCCGGAAGUGAUAGUGGCUCAGGGAAAUUUCGAAUACACCGAUAAAGAAGGCAACAAAAUAUCGCUGACGUACGUGGCCGACGACGAAGGCGGUUUCCAGCCCCAGGGGGCUCAUCUGCCGACGUCGCCGCCCAUUCCGCCCAAUAUUCAAAAAGCCCUGGAUUGGAUCGCCUCCCAACCGUCGACGACGGAACGCGCAGGACGAAGGAAAUAA